AUGCCAAAGGCGUCAGCUUCUCCGGCCAAGCGCGUCGCUUCGGCGUCCGCAUCCACCUCCACGCCGUCGCCAGCCAGCAGCGCCAAGUCCAACAAGGCCAAGCCAGCUCCUCGACCGCCAUCCCCUUCCGAUGAAGACGAGGAGGAGGAGGAAGAGGAGGACUCUGAAGCCGAGGCUGCAACAGCCAGCGCAAGUGAUCAUGAAAGCGAAGACGAGAGUCAAGGCGGUGCGAGCGGGAGCGGCAGCGAUUCGGAUCAUGACGAAGACGCCACAGCAGCCGCACCAGAUGAGGCCGAGCAGGACGAAAAGAAGGUGGCCACGCUCGCCGAAGACGGCAAAAAGGUGACCUUCGCCGACCUCGGUGUGAUCCCGCAGAUUGUCGAGGCGUGUACCAACAUGGGCUUCCAACAUCCCACGCCCAUCCAGGUCAAGGCGAUUCCCGAGGCGCUCCAGGCGCGCGACGUCAUCGGUCUCGCCCAGACCGGUUCGGGCAAGACGGCGGCGUUCACCAUCCCGAUCCUCCAGGCGCUGUGGGACAAUCCCAAGCCGUUCUUCGCGUGCGUCCUCGCGCCCACGCGUGAGCUCGCCUAUCAGAUUUCGCAGCAGGUCGAGGCGCUCGGCUCCACCAUCGGCGUGCGCUCGGCAACCAUCGUGGGAGGCAUGGACAUGAUGUCGCAGUCCAUCGCGCUCUCCAAGCGGCCACACGUCAUCGUCGCCACCCCUGGUCGUCUGCAGGACCACCUCGAAAACACAAAGGGCUUCAGCCUGCGCGGGCUGCAGUACCUCGUGAUGGACGAAGCCGAUCGACUGCUCGACAUGGACUUUGGACCCAUCAUCGACAAGCUGCUCCAGUCCAUCCCGCGCGAGAGGCGCACCAUGCUCUUCAGCGCCACCAUGACCACCAAAGUGGCCAAGCUGCAGCGUGCGUCGCUCAAGAACCCCGUGCGCGUCGAGGUGGACACCAAGUACACCACCGUCUCGACGCUCAAGCAGCACUACCUCUUUAUGCCGUUUGCGCACAAGGACACCUACCUCGUCCACCUCGCCAACGAGCAGGCGGGCCACUCGAUCAUCGUGUUUACGCGCACCGUGCACGACUCGCAGCGCCUCUCGAUCCUGCUGCGUCUGCUCGGCUUCCCCGCCAUCCCGCUCCACGGCCAGCUGAGCCAGCAGGCGCGUCUGGGCGCGCUCAACAAGUUCAAGACGGGCGGUCGCUCCAUCCUCGUCGCCACCGACGUCGCCUCGCGCGGCCUCGACAUCCCCGCCGUCGACCUGGUGGUCAACUACGACAUUCCCACCAAUUCCAAGGACUACAUCCACCGCGUCGGCCGUACCGCACGUGCCGGCCGCUCCGGCCGCUCCGUCACGCUCGUGACGCAGUACGACGUCGAGCUGCUCCAGCGCAUCGAGGCGGUCAUUGCGCUCAAGAUGACCGAGUUCCCCGGCGGCAACGACAAGGAGGCCGUCAUGCUGCUCAGCGAGCGCGUCGCCGAGGCGCACCGCGCCGCCGUGCGCGAGCUCAAGGAUAAAGGCGUAGGUAGCGCAGGCGGCUCGGGCAAGCGAAAGAGAAAGAUGGAUGGGCGACACGCCGACGACAUGGACCGCGACGACGACCAUGUGCAGGCGGGCAUGCCCGUCUCGGGCAACGGCAGGCACCAGAACCUCAACCGCAAAAAGGGCCGGCGCUGA